CGCAGCACGCCAUGCAUCCGUUAUUUCCUGGAAGGAGGAGCGAGUGACCCGGCGAGUCCAGCGGUCUGUCACUGCUCUGCUUACCGGGCUAACGGAACCGUGCUUCUGUCCCGUUAACUGCGAGCCAAGACAUUAAAUUAGAUGCCUCUAUGAUCCAGCUAACCUUACGACGAGGUACACGGUGUUCAGUUUACUCAAGAGGAGAACCAUGGCUGAACCCAACCCGCCCCGCCCCCAGAGGAAGAUGUCCACCUCUGGGGAGAGCGUGUACAAGGUCUUGGGCCUGGAGAAAGGAGCGUCAACAGAGGAAAUCAAGAAAGCAUACAGAAAACUAGCACUGAAGUACCAUCCAGACAAGAACCCGGACAAUCCGGAAGCAGCAGAGAAGUUUAAGGAGAUCAACAAUGCCAACUCCAUUUUAAACGACGAGACCAAGAGGAAGAUCUACGACGAGUAUGGCUCCAUGGGCCUUUACGUGUCCGAGCAGUUCGGAGAGGAAAGCGUCAAAUAUUACUUCCUCAUGUCCAAGUGGUGGUUUAAGAGCCUGGUGGUGUGCUGCACGGUCUUCACCUGCUGCUGCUGCUGCUGCUGCUGCUGUUUCUGCUGCGGGAAGUGCAAACCUCCCGACGACGACGAGCACUACCAGUACGUCGACCCCGAAGACCUGGAGGCCCAAAUCCGAGCCGACCAGGACGGAGGUGCCACAGUAAUCAUAAUCCAGCCCUCAUCUAGUCCAGAAACCCCAGAGGACCAGAGUAAGCCCAUCCCCCUGCCUAUGCCCAUGCCUCCACCUGAGCCACAGUCUCCGACCACAGCAGAAGGAGGCGGAAACCCCGGGGAUGACUUACCAGAGUCUAAAUGACUCGAAAGUGACCGUGUGAUUAAGGCUCAGCGAAAGCAAGCAGGAAGCCUUUCCGGGUUCUUCCACCAACCAGCUGCAUCCAACUGCUGAACCCAGAGAAAAACCAGUCCAACAUCACCAGCCGGUCCAGACCUCCCCCACCCCCCAUGCCCAUCCCAACCCUCCUGGAAUGCGAGGCGGGUUCCUGAUUGCUCCCGUCCGUCUCCGUGGAAUCAGCCAAGUUAUGGGAAUUCUCUAUAGACUCUUUGGGACGACACUCUUCUCCCUCCUGUUUUCUGACUAGUCCGUUUAAGGCUGCCAACUAAGGAUGCAUCAGGUGGACUUAACUGGGCGGGUAGAAGAUUAACGUUCACGUUUAAAGACGAGUAACCAGCUGCACAACGGAAACGACAGGAGACUUGAGGAGGUUGAGGAACGUCCAAGUUAAAUGUUGCAUCAACAUCUUCAGACCAUCACUCUGCUGGAUGAGCGCUAAAUGCCAAUCACAGGGUUUUCAUAACAGACUUCCUGACAUUUUUGGGGAAAACUUUGCCUCAAAGGAAAGUUUCCAUCAGGAGGCGGCCACACUUCAUGGUCUGAUGCUAAACGUCUGAGCCAAAGCAUGCGUUAUUUUCUGUACAGCAUGGAACCGCCUCUCCUCCCGAUCAGCGAAAAACUGCUCGAAUUACCCGGCUCACCCCCAAACCCAGUGUGAUGUGCAGUGAGUCGAUGCCAAAUCAUGGACCUCUGAUGGAACGUCGGAAGACUCUUUGUCGCAUUAUUGUUGCUCUUUUUGUGUUGAGUUCCGUUUGCUAACGUGAAGCACACGGCUAACCGGGUUCGGGCCAUUGUUCUAAUGCCACGGUUCUGAUUGUCAAACACGUGUCCGAGUCUGUUUUAACCCGAUUCAUCUUGUUUUUUUUUACCUCUUGCUCCACAAAAUGACUAAAGAGACUCUGAUUCACCUCACUUGAGAUGUAAUCAUUCCCUUUAUAAAUGCCUGCUCCUUAGGGUGAGUUUUACAUUUCUCUCUAAUUUACAAAGGAAGUAAAAAUGACUGGCCAGAAUUUUUAUUUAAAAUUUUAACAGUAAAACUUAAACUAAAACUUAAAAUUGGUCUCACAUCCAGAGAAAAGGAACUGGCGCGUAAGCUGAAGCGUAAAAAUCGCCCCCUGGUGGCUGGAUUUAGUAUACGUUUUAAGCCCUGCCCCUUCUUGUGACUCAUGGGACAUUUUCCUGUUCAAAAAUAAAAAUACACCUGAGAUAAUUAUUUUGUCCAGGUGUCGAUGUUAUAAAGAGGAUUUAUUAUAAAAUAAUUGUAUUGAGGUGUUCAUUUUUAUUACCCCCCCCCCCCCCCACACACACACACACACACACACACACACACACACACACUGGUUUUAAAUGAGGUGAGACAAAACCUUGAAGGUUCAUCUUCCCACAAGCUGAGUUUAUUUUUGUGCAGGUUAUUUAAUUUCGCUGGUUAAUAUUUUAUAACUUUGGGUUUUAUUCUAAACUCUAAGACUUUGGUGCUUUUUUAUUAUUUUUUUGUCACAUUUAGUUUCCUAACAAGACGUCUAAUUUAGUUUCAUUUUAAAAGCAAUUUAUCAAAUAAAUCUCAGUUAUUGUUACGAAUUAACGUAAAUCAAAGCUGCUUGUUGGGUUUUUCUCGCCUUUUAGGUUCUGUAUCAGCCAUCUUUCACUUAUGAGCUCAUUUAACAUCCAUUAAAAGGGAUUCUGACAGUUUUGCUCUUUUAAUGCUAACAUUUUCAUGUAGAAAUCUGUACGUUCAUGGGUUUAAUUCAGAUGUUUUGGAUCAGUUGAAACCAACAAAAGCCUGUUCCUGAUAACAAACAUACUUUCUCUGUCUUCUCAGAUUAGAUUAAUCUGUAGUAAUCUCUCUGUGCAGCGUUUCCACGUGAGCGCCACCAAACAUACCGAUUCACAUCCAAGUUUUAAUUUUGAGGACCGAACACGUCUCAUGAGCCAGGUCAGAGAAAAACAUCAGCAUCUCUUUAGUUGAUCAGAUUUUGAUCCAGCGAGCUGGAAUUCACCUCAGAUCAGUUUUUAUCAUCAGGGGACAAAAUUAAAAUGAUUUUGUAGGUAAUCAGAACUUUGUUCCAAUUACGGUACUUCCUAACCCACUGCAGGAUGUCCUCAUGAACAGCCUCUGUUCAGAAAAAUGGAGUCUGCAUCCUUCAGGACAAGCUAACGGUGUGUCAAAGUGUGUUCCUGUUGUCUAGAAACUGUUUCAAUCUCCAGAGUAUCUUAGCUUUUCACAUGUUAUCUUAUAAACUUAUUCCAACAGAAUUAUGGUUGUUUACUAGCAUCGAUGAUGCGUGCAGCAGCUAAAUGAAGCGCUAACGCUGCAUCAAGUGUCCAGUUUGGCUGGAAUUUCUUGUUUCUGCCAAAAUGCCUGAAAGUAGUUUUCUGAUUACAUUAACCUAGCAGUUAGCUUAGCAUUCCUGAAUGCAGACACUUCAUUUCUCCAAACAGAGGCUGUUUAAGAAACUGUCUAUUACAGGUAAGAUAAUUUUUAUCAUUCUACACUAAAACAAAAUGGCCAAAAGUCUUGAUGUGAUGUAGUAGAUAAACAAAUUAAUUUAUUUUAUUAAACUAUAAAACUGACAAAAUGAAGUCCAUGAAUAAAGUGAUUUAAAUAUGUUCCAUGGUUUAUUUUAUUAUUUAUGUUGAAAAUAAAAUGCCCUGCUUGACGAGAAGUGGUGGUUUUUGUUCAGUCAGGACAUGUCUGAUGUUAGCAUGCUAGCAUGAACCUCGUUCUUCCAUUAAACCUCAUGUGUGCGGAUUGGUUGGACAAUCUGACUAAUCUAAUCCAUUUUUUUUUUCAAAAGAUGAAAAGUGAAAUAAUUGUGUGUUAUACUUGACAGAAACGCCUGACCAGCGUACAGAACAACUGUUUCUGGGGAUUCUUGGCUUGUGGAUGGCGUGUAAACGACUAAAUAAAAUGAGGGGGAUUUCAUAAUA